AUGGCGACUUCAAUACCUCGAGCGUUGUUACGACCCGGCUGCAGGCCACCGAUUCGGUGUCACCUCUACCGCCAUUCAUCCACUCAGAGUCAAAACUGGGCUGGUCGCCCGUUCGAUGUCGCCAAAGACAAUGUCGCGCAGCUGGCCGCCAGUCCUCGACGACCUCUGACCCUCACGGAUUUACUGAAGUAUGCUCCCCAGGAUCAUGGAAUGAAAAUGGGAAUCACAAGACUGACUGCUCCCAAACUUAGGCAUGGCCGCCCUCCAUUGGACAAAGAGGCCCUUUUAGCCUCGGCCAACUUUACACUCUCCCUCCUCCCCGCCCGACUGGCUUCUCGCAUACAAGCUUUGCGGAAUCUGCCUUAUAUUGUCGUCUCCAAUCCACACGUUUCCAAAAUAUACCAUAAUUACCUCCACUCGCUAUCGACACUCCUCCCGUACCAACAGCGGCGCAUCACCACCCUCGAAGAAGAAAACCAGUUUGGAGAUGUAUUGGCAGACCUUGUACAAACGCACACCAACACGAUUCCUGUCCUUGCACGUGGCUUCUUGGAGUGCAGGAAAUACGUCAGUCCCGCAGAUGUCACAAGUUUCCUUGACACUCAUCUGCGCGCGCGGAUUGGUACACGUCUGAUCGCCGAGCAGCACCUGGCCCUUCACUAUGCCUCCCAGCCAAUCGGCGGCAACUCAUCCACCACUCCCGGUACCCCUGCACCCAAGAACUCGAUUCCACCAAACUACAUUGGCGUCAUCGACACUGCCUUGCAGCCAGCACGCAUCAUACGGCUAUGCGAGGACUUCGUCGGCGAAAUCUGUGAGCUGAAGUAUGGAGUUCGACCCAGCCUGAAGAUCGGCGGGGAGCCUGAAGCUACAUUUGCCCAUGUCCCCGUGCACGUCGAGUACAUUAUUACAGAACUUUUGAAGAAUGCUUUCCGGGCGACCGUCGAAAAUGGUAACCAGCGCGAGCCUAUCGAGGUGACGAUCGCCGCGGCGCCAGACGUACCCGGGGACCACCCACCCACCUCUGGGGACAAUGACAAUUCCAAUGACACCGGGUUUGAGUUGGAUUCGGAGGGUGACGGGGCCAAUCGGAAUGAAAAAAUUGGCCACUCGACUCUUUCUUCGCAGAGUAUCACAAUCCGUAUUCGUGAUCGAGGGGGUGGUAUUCCGGCUGAGGUCCUGCCUCAUAUUUGGUCCUACAGUUUCACAACCUUCUCGGAAGAUGAUUUCCAAGGCUCGGAGAAUGGCAACAUGGAUGCCCUGAAUACCAUCUCUGCUAGUGGUGGAAACCCAAGCAGUAUUGCCGGUCUUGGUUAUGGUCUCCCUCUGAGCAGAGCGUAUGCUGAAUACUUUGGUGGUAGCAUCGCGGUCCAAAGCUUGUGGGGAUGGGGCACUGAUGUCUACUUGACGCUUCAAGGAGUUGGCAGAGUUGAUUGA